CUUGCGUGCCCCGGCCCGAGCCGGGGCGUCUCCCGCGUUCCCGGGCGGCCCCGCCUGCGCGGCUGGCCUCCUGCCCGGCGUCCCGGACCGCCCUUCCCCCGACGCCCCCCUCUCCUCACUGGGCAUCCGCGCCGGAUCCCGGGGGAGGCGGACCGGAUCGGGCGGCGAGACCGGAGCCUGAGGAGGACUGUUCGGUGCCCGCCGCGGCCAGGGCCAUGGGCACUCCGGCCUCGGUGGUGAGCGACUCUCCGGGACGGGCGGCGCACCCAGCCCGCGCCCGUAAGCGGGCCUCGGCCAACAUCUUCCAGGGCGUGGGGCUACGAGAGCUGCGGAGCCUGUUCCGGAGCGGCGGGGCAGAGCGGCCCGAGGAGCGCGCCCACCUGGUCUGGCGGUACGCGGGCCAGCGGCGCAUGGCAAGGGCCCUACGGCGGCUUCGGCGGCGGCGACCGGCCCAGCCCGGCGGUGGGAUGGCAGCGCUACGGCGCUUCGAACACCUUCGGUAGGAUCGCGGAGAAGAAGCUGGAGCGUAACUGCGGGGGCGAGAAGGGCUCGGGGUCCAUGUAGCAUCACCUACCGUGUAGUGCAGCUCUCCAAGGACCCUAAAUGUACUGGGCAGGGUGCAGUGAAUGGUUAAUAAAGGGUGGACAGUGGUGGCUGGGUGAGACUCUGGUUGUGUCCUGCCCAUCCCUGAGUGGCAGAACCGUGGUCCAGGCUGUUGUACGGCACCUAGUGCAAGGAGAACAGCCCCACACCACGGGUCAGGAUGGAACAGAUGACCCACAGGUCUGU